AUGAUGGCAGAUGAAGGUUCCCGUCGCCGUCGCCGGAGUUUCAGUACCAGCCGCCGUGCUCCGGCUCAUACAGAUAACAAGACAAAGAACAGCUACUGGGCUUUAGGUUUUGAGGAGAUGGAGGAUUCAUCGGAGAAGUUAUUAGAAUCGGAGUCAUCGGAAAUGAAGGAUGAGCUGUCAAUGGAAAUCGAUCCUCCGUUCAAAGAGAACCAUGCGACCGCUGAGGAUUGGAGGAAAGCGCUGCAUAACGUGGUUCCGGCGGUGGUGGUGCUUCGUACGACUGCUUGCCGAGCUUUUGACACCGAAUCUGCGGGUGCUAGCUAUGCUACCGGGUUUGUUGUCGACAAACGUCGGGGAAUUAUACUAACUAAUCGCCAUGUGGUUAAACCAGGUCCUGUAGUAGCAGAAGCUACAUUUGUAAAUCGUGAAGAGACUCCAGUCUAUCCCAUAUACAGAGACCCUGUUCAUGAUUUUGGAUUCUUUCGUUAUGAUCCUGCUGCAAUUCAGUUCCUGAGCUAUGAAGAGAUCCCUCUUGCCCCUGAAGCUGCUUGUGUUGGACUGGAAAUUAGGGUUGUUGGUAAUGAUAGUGGAGAGAAGAUCUCUAUUUUGGCUGGUACCCUUGCUCGUCUGGAUAGGGAUGCUCCACAUUAUAAAAAGGAUGGAUACAACGAUUUCAAUACUUUCUACAUGCAGGCUGCUUCAGGUACUAAAGGUGGUUCAAGUGGUUCCCCAGUGAUUGAUUGGCAAGGAAGGGCAAUUGCACUGAAUGCUGGUAGCAAGACUUCUAGUGCUUCAGCAUUUUUCUUCCCUCUAGAACGCGUGGUGAGGGCGUUAAAUUUCUUACAAAAGGGGAGAGAUUCUGGUCAAGAUAAGUGGGAGGCUGUCUCAAUACCUCGUGGUACCCUCCAGACAACUUUUGUCCACAAAGGAUUUGAUGAAACCCGUAGGCUAGGCCUGCAAACCGAAACAGAGCAGCUUGUACGCCACGCAUCUCCACUAACUGAAACAGGAAUGCUUGUUGUUGAUUCUGUGGUGCCAGGUGGCCCAGCUUAUAACCAUUUAGAGCCAGGUGAUGUACUUGUUCGCAUGAAUGGUGAGGUGACUACUCAGUUUCUGAAAAUGGAGACUUUACUUGAUGAUAGUGUUGGCCAAAAUGUUGAGUUACAGUUUGAAAGAGGUGGCACACCUUUAACAGUUCAGUUAAAUGUGGAAGAUUUACACUCCAUAACUCCAAAUCAUUUUCUUGAAGUUAGUGGUGCUGUUAUACACCCUCUCUCCUAUCAACAGGCUAGGAAUUUUCGUUUUCACUGUGGUCUUGUAUACGUAUCAGAACCUGGUUACAUGUUGUAUAGAGCAGGGGUCCCACGACAUGCAAUUAUCAAGAAAUUAGCAAGUAAAGACAUUUCAAAUCUUCAAGACUUGAUCAAUGUUCUUUCUAAUUUAAGUAAAGGAGCUAGGGUUCCUUUAGAAUACAUAAGUUAUACAGAUCGCCAUAGGAGGAAGUCUGUUCUUGUUACAGUUGAUCGCCAUGAGUGGUAUGCUCCACCUCAGAUCUACACUCGUGAUGAUAAUUCUGGUAUUUGGGUAGGAAAACAAGCUCUGGUUGUGGGUCCCACUUUCGAAGUUAUUAAAGGUGUUGAUGUUGAUGUUGGUGAACAAGUGGCUAAUGGUAAUAAUGUUACAAAUAUGGAAGAUUCAUCAUCUGAUAAUGGUAAUGGAAAUGCUUCUGUUGCUGAACGUGUUAUAGAACCCACUCUUGUCAUGUUUGAGGUUUAUGUGCCAUCAUCAUGUAUGCUUGAUGGGGUCCACUCACAGCAUUUUGUUGGAACUGGUGUGAUUAUAUAUCAUUCUCAAGACAUGGGAUUGGUUGCAGUUGACAAGAAUACUGUUGCCAUAUCAGCAUCUGAUGUCAUGCUUUCUUUUGCUGCUUUUCCUAUAGAAAUCCCAGGAGAGGUGGUAUUUCUUCACCCUGUGCAUAAUUAUGCUAUUAUUGCAUAUGACCCUUCUGCCCUUGGAGCUACUGGUGCUUCAUUAGUACGAGCUGCUCAACUUCUUCCUGAACCUGGGUUGCGUCGUGGAGAGAGUGUAUACCUUGUGGGGUUAAGUAGAAGCUUACAAACAACAUCUAGAAAAUCUGUUGUGACAAACCCAUGUGCAGCUUUAAACAUAAGCUCAGCUGAUUCUCCACGUUAUAGAGCAACCAACAUGGAAGUGAUUGAGCUUGACACAGAUUUUGGUAGCAGUUUUUCGGGGGUGCUUACGGAUGAGGAAGGAAGGGUUAAAGCUAUAUGGGGAAGCUUCUCAACUCAGAUAAAAUACGGGGUGAAUUCAUCUGAAGAUCAUCAAUUUGUUAGAGGCAUUCCUAUACAUUCCAUAAGCCAAGUCCUUGAUAAAAUCAUAUCAGGCGCAAAAGCAAAAGCAAAAGGUCCCUCCCUUCUUAUAAAUGGUAUAACAAGACCCAUGCCUUUAGUUAGGAUUUUGGAAGUUGAGCUUUAUCCUACUUUGCUUUCUAAGGCUAGAAGUUUUGGCCUCAACAAUAAUUGGAUCCAAGCUCUUGCGAAAAAGGAUCCUGUGAGACGUCAAGUUUUACGGGUGAAAGGCUGUUUGGCAGGAUCUAAAGCUGAGAAUUUAUUAGAACAAGGGGAUAUGGUGUUGGCUAUUAAUAAAAAGCCAGUUACAUGUUUUCAAGAUGUUGAGGAUGCAUGUCAUGUAUUGGAUCUUUCUGAUAACAUUGAACAGAAACUUGAAUUGACCAUAUUUCGUCAGGGAUGUGAAAUUGAAGUUGUUGUGGGAACAGAUAUAAGAGAUGGAAAUGGUACAAAACGUGUUAUAAAUUGGUGUGGAUGCUUUGUACAGGAACCUCACCCAGCAGUGCGUGCCCUUGGCUUUCUUCCUGAAGAAGGCCAUGGUGUAUAUGUCACCAGGUGGUCUCAUGGGAGUCCUGUGCAUAGAUAUGGUUUAUAUGCUCUUCAAUGGAUAGUGGAAGUUAAUGGGAAACCAACUCCUGACUUGGAUGCUUUUGUUAAUGUCACAAAGGAAAUUGAAGAUGGAGAAUUUGUUCGUGUAAGAACAAUCCACUUAAAUGGGAAGCCACGAGUGUUGACACUGAAACAAGAUCUACACUACUGGCCUACAUGGGAGCUAAGAUUUGAUCCAGAAACUUCAAUGUGGCAAAGAAAGACUAUUAAGUCAUUAGCAACUGGAGAUAAUAAUAAAAAUAACAAUAGCCUUUGAAAACCGUGUACAUACUCCUAAAUCCUAAGUCCUAUC